AUGGCGUCGUCCACCGGGGUCGACGUUGCUCACCCCGCCUACUCGGCCGACGAUGAGAAGGCCGUUGUGGGAAGGGCCCAGUCCGACCGCAGCAGCUCCAUCAGGUCCAUGGGCCACGGCGAUGGGACUGCGAGGAAGCUCAAGUCUCGCCACAUUCAACUCAUUGGCAUAGGCGGCACUAUCGGUACCGCUCUCUAUGUCCAAAUCGGCAAGGGCUUGUUAAAUGGCGGGCCGGCGUCACUAUUCUUGGCCUUUUCAAUAUGGUGCACCUUCAUCCUAUGCGUGACGAUGUGUAUGGCUGAGAUGGUGACAUACCUGCCCAUCUCCAGCCCCUUCAUUCGCUUUGCUGGUCGCUACGUUGACGAGGCCUUUGGAUUUGCCGCCGGGUGGAAUUUCUUCGUGUUCGAGGCCGCCUUGGUGCCCUUUGAGAUCACGGCGUGUAAUGUUAUUAUCCACUAUUGGAGCGAUAUUGUCCCUGCCGGUGGCAUAAUAGCUAUCGUCAUCGUCCUAUAUGGGCUCAUCAACCUGCUCGCGGUGCAGUGGUACGGCGAGAGUGAAUUCUGGGCCGCCUUGGGAAAAGUGCUCUUGAUUAUCGCCCUGAUUCUUUUCACUUUCAUCGCGAUGCUGGGCGGUAAUCCUCUCGGCGAGAGGUUCGGCUUUAAGUACUGGCAGCAACCGGGCGCGUUUGCAGAACUUUACCGCUCGGGAGAUUUGGGCAAAUUCCUUGGCUUCCUCCAGUGUCUCAUUCAGGCCUCGUUCACUAUAGCAGGACCAGACUACGUUUCCAUGGCAGCCGGGGAGGCUGAGAACCCUCGGGUGGUCAUGCCCCGGGCGUUCAACGCCGUGUUCUACCGUCUCACGGCGUUCUUCGUUCUCGGGAGCUUGGCGGUCGGCAUCCUUGUCCCCUACACCGACGAGGAGCUGAAGACGGCCUUCAGUUCCGGCGCCCCGGGUGCUGCGGCUUCCCCUUAUGUGGUUGCCAUGAACAGGCUGAAGAUCACCGUUCUCCCUGACAUCGUGAACGCCAUGGUACUCACGGCCGCGUUCAGCGCCGGCAACAGCUACGUCUACUGCGCGUCGAGGUCCCUCUACGGCCUGGCACUGGAGGGCAAGGCGCCCAAGAUCUUCCUCAAGUGCACGCGCAAGGGCGUUCCGAUCUACUCGGUGCUUCUGGUUCUCCUCAUCUCGCUGCUGUCCUUCCUCCAGGUCUCCAACAACGCGGCUGUCGUGCUCUCCUGGUUCGUCUCGCUCGUGACCGCUAGUCAGCUAAUCAACUUCAGCGUCAUGUGCUUUACAUACCUGAGGUUCUUCAAGGCCCUGAAGGCGCAGGGCAUCUCGAGGGACAGCCUCCCGUACAAGGGCCCGCUGCCGCAGCCCUUUGCCGCCUGGUAUGGCCUUGUUGGUUGUUUUAUCAUGACUUUUGUCGGGGGCUACACUGUGUUCCUUCCGGGGUCGUGGGACGUGCCGACAUUCCUUUUCUCCUACACUAUGAUCGCAGUUUGCCCUCUGCUCUUCCUUGCCUGGAAGCUUCUGAAGCGGUCGAAGUUCUACAAGCCAGAAGAGGUUGAUUUGGUGAAGAACCUCGACGAAGUUGAAGAGUACGAGGCAAACUUUGUGCCACGACCAGCCAAGAAUGCAUUCGAGAGGUCGUUGGAUUUCCUCUUCGGAUAG